CGGCGCGGCGCAGCGGACGGCGCCGCUCGGCCCGGACGGCUGCAGCCCGCGGGGCCCGCACGCUCCUGGCCGACGACGCCGACGCCGCCGCCGCCGUCGCCGCUGCUGCCGCCGCGUUCCUCGCUGGGCGGCAUGAGCUCGCGGCCGCAGCUCUAAGCUCCCCGCUCCUCCGCCCGGACGGCCCGGCUGAGGUGACGGGUGCUCGCUGCAGGGCCGGGGGCCAUGAAGCCGAGUUCGGCCGGGACGGCGAAGGACCUGGAGCCGCAGGCGCCGGCCCGGGGCGAGCAGCGCGCGGUGGAACCCGAGGGGCGCUGGCGGGAGAAGGGCGAGGCGGACACGGAGCGGCAGCGCACCCGAGAGCGGCAGGAGGCCACGCUGGCCGGGCUGGCGGAGCUGGAGUACCUGCGCCAGCGCCAGGAGCUACUGGUCCGGGGCGCCCUGCGCGCCGCUGGGGGCGCGGGUGCCGCCGCGCCCCGCGCCGGGGAGCUGCCGGGAGAGGCGGCGCAGCGCAGCCGCCUGGAGGAGAAGUUCUUGGAGGAGAACAUUUUGCUGCUGCGGAAGCAAUUGAAUUGUUUGAGGAGAAGAGAUGCUGGUUUGUUGAAUCAGUUACAAGAACUUGACAAGCAGAUAAGUGACCUGAGACUAGAUGUAGAAAAGACAUCCGAAGAGCAGCACCUGGAGACAGACAGCCGGCCCAGCUCAGGAUUUUAUGAGCUCAGUGACGGGGCUUCAGGAUCCCUUUCCAAUUCCUCUAACUCGGUCUUCAGUGAGUGUCUAUCCAGUUGUCAUUCCAGCACCUGCUUUUGCAGCCCCUUGGAGGCAACCUUGACUAUCUCGGAUAGUUGCCCCAAAUCUGCAGAUGUGAAUCCCAAGUACCAGUGUGACCUGGUGUCUAAAAACGGAAAUGAUGUCUACCGCUAUCCCAGUCCACUUCAUGCGGUGGCCGUGCAGAGCCCAAUGUUUCUCCUUUGCUUGACGGGCAACCCCCUGAGGGAAGAGGAGAGGCUGGGGAACCAUGCCAAUGACAUUUGUGUCGGAUCUGAGCUGGAUGCUGUCAAGACAGACACUUCUUUACCAUCUCCAAGCAGUUUGUGGUCUGCUCCCCAUCCUUUGUCCAGUAAGAAAAUGGAUGGCUACAUUCUGAGCUUGGUCCAGAAAAAAACACACCCUGUAAGGACCAACAAACCCAGAACCAGUGUGAAUGCUGACCCCACGAAGGGGCUUCUGAGGAAUGGGAGCGUUUGUGUCAGAGUGACUGGGGGCAUCUCACAGGGCAAUAGCGGGAACCUUAAGAAUUCUAAACAGGCGCCUUUCCCCUCUGGCGGAAUCCCCUCUUUGGACAAUGGGACAUUCUCCCCACUGAAGCAGUGGUCCAAAGAAUCAAAGGCAGAACAACUGGAAAGCAAGAGGUUGCCCCUGCUAGAGGGCUGCUCCCUGGGUGCUGUUCCUGAACUUCAAAGUAAGCAUCUACCCAAAAAUGCCAAGCCAGCUGCCCAAGAACAGGCUCGGUGUCCCAAUGCUGUGACAGGGGAGGCCUCUAAAGAAAGCAGUCAGGUCCCAGCUGCCUCUCCAAAAGAGAGCCCUGGGAGAGUCCUCGCCCCGCUGCAAGAGAACAAAGUUGUCCAGCCACUGAAAAAGAUGUCACAGAAAAACUGCCUGCAGGCAGUCCCUCCUGCUGGGCCCCCUCCUGCCCCUCUUGCACCUCCUGCACCUCCUGCACCACUGUCCUCAGCUUUCCCAGCAGAAGAGCGGCCUGCCCUGGAUUUCAAAAGCGAGGGCUCUUCUUCUCAAAGCCUGGAGGAAGGGCCUCUGGUGAAGGCGCACUUCGUUCCUGGGCAGCAGCCAGGCGUCCGGCCACACCGGGGCACCCGGACUGCUGCAGGCCCGCGGGGCUCUGCCCUGAAGCACAGGGCCCAGCCUCUCCACGGCCCAGAUGGUGCCUUGCCCACUGUGAGGGAGAAAACCCGGGUGGCCAGCAAAAAGUGUCGGUUCCCUGAUGACUUGGAUACAAAUAAGAAACUGAGGAAGGUCUCGGCCAAGGGGAGGAGGAGUGGAGGCGGCCAGGCUGAGGCAGGUCUCCCCAGCCGGCCGCUGGCAGCUGCGCACCGGGCUGGGAGCAGGGCCCAUGGCCACGGCCGGGAGGCAGUGGUGGCUAAGCCCAAGCACAAGCGAACAGACUCACGGCGGUGGAGGUCGGCUGCGGAGAUGUCCUAUGAAGAAGCCCUACAGCGCGCGCGACGCGCCCGGCGGGAGAAUGCAGGCCUGUACUCGCCUGCAGUGGCUCUUCCCUACACCAGCCCCUACGCCUACGUGGCCAGCGACUCCGAGUACUCGGCGGAGUGCGAGUCCCUCUUCCACUCCACGGUGGUGGACACUAGUGAGGACGAGCAGAGCAACUACACCACCAACUGCUUUGGAGACAGCGAGUCCAGUGUGAGCGAGGGCGAGUUCGCGGGGGAGAGCACCAGCACCAGUGACUCAGAGGAAAGCGGGGGUCUAAUCUGGUCCCAGUUCGUCCAGACGCUCCCGAUUCAGACGGUCACAGCCCCAGACCUUCACAACAACCCUACCAAAACCUUUGUCAAAAUUAAGGCUUCGCAUAACCUCAAGAAGAAAAUCCUUCGCUUUCGGUCUGGUUCUUUGAAGCUGAUGACGACUGUUUGAGUCAUACCAUGGGUGUAGAAAGUGUUUUUUUUCUAGCGACUGAAGGAAAGGUGGUAUCUUAGUUUUUUUGUGUAAUAAUUUCAUGGGAUGCUUUCCUUUUGUUAAAACCGAAGUAAAUUAUGUCUCUUCAUUA